CUCGAAUAAUGACUAACUUUAGGACCCGGAAGAGUACACUUGGCUUGCUAUAUAUAUUGGUUCUUCAGCGAAUGUUGAGAGAACCUAUUGUCAACAGACAACAGUACCAAAGAAAAAAUGGGUUUAAUAACGCUUAUUCUGGCAGGCACUGGUGGUGCCGCUUUCAUUGCUGCAGCCCCCUUUGUUUUGGGGGCAGUGGGCUUCACCGCUGGUGGGAUAGUGGCCGGUUCUGUCGCUGCAAAGAUGAUGGGUGCGGCCGCUGCUGCAAGUGGAGGAGGUGUUGCAGCUGGAAGCAUGGUGGCUGUUCUUCAAUCGGCUGCCGCUUUCAUUCCUGCAGCCCCCUUUGUUUUGGGGGCAGCGGGCUUCACCGCUGGUGAGAUAGUGGCCGGUUCUGUCGCUGCAAAGAUGAUGGGUGCGGCCGCUGCUGCAAGUGGAGGAGGUGUUGCAGCUGGAAGCAUGGUGGCUGUUCUUCAAUCGGCUGGAGCUGCAGGACUGUCUGCCGCUGCUAAUACAAUAGUUGGAGUUGGAGGUGCAUUAGUUGGUGCAGCGAUCGCACUCUGAAGAGAAGAAUGGCCUAAAUAAAAGUGAACAAAUUACCGUUCUUAAAUUCUGAAAUUAAUAAAACUUACAUUGAAUCAUC